AUGUCUAAAAGAUCGGCUACUGAGGACGACUCUGUUAUGGCUAACAAUGAACUUGACCAUAAAAAAAAGGCUGUCAAACAUUCUUCCAAAACACAUGCAGCCCACAUCAUUAACACUAUUGAUGACUACAAACAUCUCUAUAUUUCUGUUCAACCAUUAGAUAUUUUCUGUUUUGGUACUGGUUCAAUGUGUGAAUUGGGUUUAGGUCCAUUAGCCAAAAAUAAAGAAGUGAAAAGACCAAGAUUGAAUCCAUUUUUACCAGUCGAUGAAGCAAAGAUUAUCUCAUUUGCUGUGGGUGGUAUGCACACUAUUGCUCUAGAUUCAAAUCAGGAUAUCUGGUCGUGGGGUUGCAACGAUGUCGGUGCAUUAGGUAGAGAUACAAGUGGUGCCAAAGAAGUUUUAAAGGAUAUGGAUGCUAAUAACAGCGACAGUGAUGAUGAAGAUGGUGACUUAAAUGAGCUAGAAUCCACCCCACACAAAUUGGAUAGAUCUUUAUUCCCACCAUUGGCAGAAGGUCAUAAAGUUGUGCAAUUAACUGCAACUGAUAAUCUAAGUUGUGCUCUUUUCAGCAACGGUGAUAUUUAUGCGUGGGGUACAUUCCGUUGUAACGAGGGUAUUCUUGGAUUUUAUCAAGAUAAGAUUAAGAUUCAAAGAACUCCUUGGAAAGUUCCAAAUUUUUCCAAAUAUCAAAUUGUUCAAAUGGCGGGGGGUAAAGAUCAUAUAUUAUUUUUAGAUGAGGAAGGUAUUGUUUUUGCUUGGGGUAAUGGUCAACAAUACCAACUAGGGAGAAAAGUAAUGGAAAGAUAUCGUCUGAAUACUUUGGACCCAAGACCAUUCGGUCUAAGACAUAUCAAAUACAUUGCCAGCGGUGAAAACCACUGUUUUGCUGUCAAGAAAGAUGGGACCGUCGUUAGUUGGGGACUAAAUCAAUUCGGUCAAUGUGGUAUAUCUAAGAACGUUGAAGAUGGUGCCCUUGUCAUAAAACCAACUAAAGUCAAAAUUGAUCCAACUUUAAAUAUUAAAAUGAUCCAGGCAGGUGAGCAUCACUCAUUAAUUCUCACUCAAGAUGGAGAAAUAUAUGCAUUUGGUAGAUUAGAUAUGUGUGAAGUUGGUAUUUCCAAGGAUAAGUUACCUGAAGAAAAUACAUAUAAGGAUGAACAUGGAAAAGCUCGUUCGGUUCCUAUUCCAACAAAAUUAGUUGAUUUACCUAAAUUUAAGACAGUAGCAGCAGGUUCCCAUCAUUCCUUAGCAGUUGCCACAAACGGUAUUUGCUAUUCAUGGGGGUUUGGUGAAACAUAUGCAGUAGGUUUAGGCCCUGCCGGUGAAGAUGUUGAAGUUCCAACAAGAAUCAAAAAUACCGCCACUCAAGAUAGGAAUAUUAUACUGGCUGGUUGUGGUGGUCAGUUUUCUGUCAUAGGUGGUGUCAAGUUAUCUGAAGAAGAUGCAGAAAAGAGAGCAAGCGAAAUGGGUGAUUGA